AUGAAAAAUCAACUCAAUCGAAAUGGAGAAGCAAUGACUGAUGCUCGUAUUGUCGAAAAGAUUCAGAGAUCUUUGACAAAUAAGUUCGAAAAUAUAGUAUGCGCAAUAGAAGAUGCGAAGGAUCUUUCGACAAUCACUGUCAAAGAAGUCGCUGGUUCACUUGAGGCACAUGAGCAACACAAAAUAAAGAACGAGGAGACACUUGAGGAUGAGAACCCAACAGAGACGGAAAUGCACUUUUCUCUCAAAAUUGGUGUGGGAGAGGACAUGGUCGUGGAAGACGUAAUGGUGGUCGAAGUUACCAAAAUAACAACUUCGACAGAGGACAGUCAAGCCAACAAAACUGGCGUGGUAGAGGACGUGGCCAAAGAGGUGGUAUGUUGA